ACAAGAUCUGUUAAAAUCUUGAAAUCAAAAUCCUACAGAUUUAACAUCUUCAUCAACAAUGGGAAACUGUCUAAAGCCUCUCAAACCUUCUUCAGCUUCUCCCAAGCCUCUCAUCAAUCCUCCAAUUUCAGGGGAGUCAGAAAAUGAGUAUUUGAGAGAGUUCAGCUUUGCGAAAUUGAGCAAGGCAACAAAGAAAUUCAGACAAUUUCGGAUGAUAACGGAUGAUAACGGAUGUAUUCUAACAUUUUACCAAGGCUACAUCAAUGAGACAACCUUUGCUCCAUCAAGAACUGGAAUCGCUGUAUCUGUCUUGGAAUGUUAUCAGGAUAAUUCGCAGACUCUACAAGAUUGGAAGGAGGAAGUGAAGUCUCUUGGACGUAUUUCUCAUCCCAAUUUAGUCAAACUUUUAGGCUAUUGUUGUGAAGAUAACAAAUCAUUCUUAGUUUUCGAAUACUUGCAUAAAGGAAGUUUGGACCGUCAUAUUUUCGAAAAAGAAGAAGAAGCAUUGCCGUGGGAAACACGUGUCAAGAUAGCCAUAGGAGCAGCUCAAAGUAUUGCAUUUCUACAUUCUGUCAAGAACAGCGCGCUUUAUCGUGAACUCAGAAUGUAUAACAUUUUGCUUGACGAGAACUACAAUACAAAAUUGUUCUAUCUUGGAUCAAAGAAACUAUGUUUGUUAGAAGAAAGUGUGACGACUGCAUUCAUAGGAAGAACUGUAUAUUUAGCUCCUGAAUAUGCAAUCUCAGGUCAUUUGGGAACGAAGAGUGAUGUGUAUACAUUUGGUGUGAUCUUGUUUGAGAUUUUAACUGGUUUGAAAGCUUCAGAUGGUAAAAAGAAUGAGAACAUGCAAAGCUUACAUGUCUGGACUAAACCUUUCUUGUCUGAUCAAUCUAAAAUCCGGGAAAUCAUCGAUCCUCGACUUGGCAAUGAUUAUCCUGUGAAUGCAGCGACACAGAUGGGAAAACUCAUCAAAAGAUGCAUCAAGUUGGACACGAGAAAACGACCAUCGAUGCAACAAGUCUUUGAUGGUUUGAAUGAUAUUGCAGAGAUUAAAGAUUAAUGUGUAUAAGAGGUAAUGAGAUUUGAAGUUGAACAAGUUUGGAAUAAAAGUUUGAAAGAUAA